CCCUAGGUGAUGGUAGGAUUUCCCUGUAACAAGCAAACACUAAAUAGUCUGCAGAAUGGAAGGGUAAUAAAUGCACCGACUAAGAGUUGAGACGGAAUCGAAAUAUGCACCGAUGAAAUGUGGAUUAACCGGUGGAAGUCGAUGCAUGGGAUAAUGGAAUCUCACCCCGUGGAAUGCAGCACUAUGAGGAUCAAAUGAAACGAACUAUUUUGGAGGAAUCUCGUAUGUAGCUAGCUCACACACUCGCGUGCAAUGCCUCUCAUGAGAAAACAGUGCUUGUUUUUUUUUGUAAACAUUUGCCAAAUGGCAUCAGCAAUCACGGUUCAAUUUGAUAGUCUUUUGAGGUUCUAGCUUUUAAGUUUUCAGUUUGAGCAUCGGAUAUACUGCUGUCCUUGUUGAUCAGUUUCACUGGAAAGGUAGCUUUUGGCCAAUGCUGCCGUCCACGACCUUGGACAUAGCGUGGAUAGCGACGCCGAUGCAAGCGCCUCAGUGGUCGGCACUCUUCCUCAGGCAAUCACGAGGAUGACGGAUGGCCUUGCAAACUACAGUUAGCUAGGUUAGCUAAAGUAUAACGUAAUGGUAUUUGUAACGCUAUAAGGUUGCCAUACUGCUAUUACUGCAAUAUCCCGUAUGGCUUUUCCAUAAUUUAAAACAUUAGCAAUUGUGAGGACACUCGUAUAAAAGCAUAUUAUUGGAAAUAUAGAUGCUUAGCAGCUAGCUCAACUGCCUCAUCAUAGGGCAGUAGGUAGCAUGCUAUUCACUAGCCUGUAAAUCUGGAAAGACCAGGCAGUUAGGGUAGCUUAUAUGUUCUUUGCUUAUCUCUUGUGAAAUGUGUAGUAAGUGUCUACAUAGGUAGCUAAUAGCGUUGUUGUUUUAAAUAGCAUGCCUGUUUCUGCAAUGUAAUUACUGUACUAUGGUGUUAAGAUGCGAGGUAUUUUCAGCUUGUUCGCAUUCAAUUGUUUGUUGUGGUGACCCGUUGCAGGCUCACAUGAGCUAGCUAGCCUGAUCGAGAGGUCGUGGUCACUUGAGUCUUUGCAAUGAGUUAGCUUGUUAGCUAAUGCGACUAUUGUAGGCUCCUUUUUCGAAGAAUGCCUCUCAGCUGCAUGUCCGUAGUAGAUUUGUUGAAAAUAAACAUAGCGAUAGGUGGUUGGCCUGACUGGCUUACCCUACCUAGCUAACUAGCUGUCUGCCUGUCAAGAGAGUCCUGGCUCGUCUGUCUUGUUUAUCUAGACUUGGAAGCUGCAACACGCUCUUUGUGAAGCAAAUUGCAUACCUAACAUAGUUUAAUUUGACAAAAUGGCGUUCGAUAACAGAUUAGACGUUUUACAUUUUAAAGGGAAAUAUGAUGUUUGCGCUUCUACCAAAUGAACCACAGCAUCUGGCAGUAAGAAUAGCACGACCACCGUUAUGUAACACGGGUGCUUUGCGUGUUUGCUUUGCAAAGACUGUGAUUGCAUGACCUCUACCUAAAUCAUAGGGUAUUCAAAGUAUUGAUAUGCCUUUCUGAUUACUUGAAAGACUAACGUGAUAAUCGGAUAGACACACAUGAAAGACUACUUGCCAAAAAGAGCCUAACCACUGGCACAAAUUAUCCGGUUGUGUCUUAUUGGCCAUGCGCACUGUGUCUUAAUAUUAAUGCAUACAAACUGUUGCACGUGGUUGUAGUAAAUCAAACAUUGCGGAAAUGAUUACCCACUGACCCAUCUCUACAGCCUGGAAAGCGGACUCGAGUCUAACCGCCUGGCGCCAUGAGUGUACGGCACCCCACCUCAACUCUGGACAGCGUGAGCAGGGCAGCCGUCAAGAAACAGACGCACCUGCCCAGUCCUUUCGCUGCGUGGCUGAGCAGCUUAACCAUCGGGGACUCGGAGCGCAAGGCUUCAGCCGGCCAACAGAAGGACCCCCUGCCAGACAUCACCACUGAGGGAACAGGUGCUGGACUGGUGCAGAGAUGUGUGGUGGUCCAGAAGGAUCAGUUGGGUUUUGGCUUCACUGUAUGUGGGGAGAGGAUCAAACUGGUCCAGAAUGUCAGGCCAGGUGGUGCAGCGGUCAAGGCCGGCGUGCAUGAGGGGGACCGGAUCAUCAAGGUCAAUGGCUCGCUCGUCUCGUCUAUGUCUCACCAGGAGGUGGUGAAGCUCAUCAAAUCUGGGACGUAUGUGGCUCUGACCCUGCAAGGUCCAGCCCCCUCUGCAGCAGCCGUCCCCUCAAGACAGCAUCGCCGCCCCCGGCCCCCCCGCUGCCCCCUCCACACCAGGGGCUCCUUGCACAGCCAAAUCACCGGACCCAAACCGCUUCAGGACCCAGAGGUACAGAAGCACGCCUCUGAGAUCCUCAGGAAGAUGCUGGAACAGGAAGAGGCGGAGCUUCAGGACUUGCUAGAAGAGUUGUCGCGGAAUCCCACCCCUUCCUUGGAGGAGCGAAUAGGGAGUGCGAAGAGGCGGGCCCAUCAGGUCCGAGGCAAACUUCAUCAGGAUCUGGAUGGAAAGCGAUCUGAAUCAGUGACAAACUAUUUCACCGCAGGAGAAGGGCGACUAUCGGUGGAGUCCAGUGAAGGAGACUUUGAGGUGUGUGAGAGCCCCCACUCCUCCCCCUCCUGCUCCUCCCUCCGGAUCCCCCUGCACCGGAGACAAGGCUCCGACACACACAGCACCCCUGAGCCGGGUGGGAAGGCCCAGAUCAUUGGCCCAGAGGAGGAAGAGGAGGAUGAGGAUGGAUACACUUUCAACGAGGUGGACGGUCCCUUCCAGGAUCUGGAGCUGUUGAAAUCUCGUCCAGCUCACAUGACCGUCUUCAUGAGAUACGUCUUCAGCCAGCUACUUGAUCCCAACCCACUGCUCUUCUACCUCUCUGUGGAGGCGUACCUGGGCUCCAGCACUAAGGAUGCUCGCAACCUGGCGCCUCAGAUCUGCUCCCACUUCCUGGAUCACGAUGCUCCGCUCAAAAUAAAAGCAAGAGAGGAGUACCUGACAGAUAUCGAGAGCCGUCUCCAAGCUCAGGAGGACAUCAGAGGGCCGCUCUCUGAGCUCCAGCAGCAAGUCCUACCCGACAUCCAGGACCAGAUCCAGGACUACAGGAGUAAGCAGAUGAUGGGUCUGGGUUCUCUGUUUGGGGAGAGCGACCUGCAGCAGCUGGAUGGAGACCCGGCCAAGGAGAGGCAGGUGGUGGAGAGGCAGGUCACUGCCCUCUGGGAGAUCCUCUCAAAGCACGAGGAAGACCGAAGUUCCCCUCUGGCGUCUGCUGUGUUGCUCUAUCUGAGGCAUUCGGGCAUUAAGCUGCGGGACUCGCGGGUCUUCCCCGGUCUCACGUCCGAGAAGGAGAAGUGGCUCCCCUUCUUCCCCAAGCCUAAGAGGCUAAGCAGCGGCAGGAAGGAGAAGGAUGGCGAGGACAAGAGGAGGAACCCCAUCCUGAAGUACAUCGGCAAACCCAGGAGCACGUCACAGUCCACGUUCCAUGUCCCAUUGUCCCCCUCAGAAGGUACUUUUGCGUUCUUUCAUUUUGAAACGACUUUCAUAUUUCAUACGGUUUUCAUCAAAAUACCCCAACCCCUCUUCCUUAUAUUUCUCAUUUCCCCUUAGAUGUCUUCUAGUUAU